AUGCACUUCAAAGUAUUUUGGGCUCAUAUUCGAACCUUUCGUGGGAGGGUGCUAGAGACCAUUCUUAGUCUUCGAUUUUUUAUUUUCCAGUAUGGCAUUGUCUACAAGCUAAAUAUACAAGCCAAUGAUACAUCAUUAACGGUUUAUGGGUUGUCAUGGAUUGUAUUUGCAGUGCUUAUAAUCCUUUUCAAGGUAUUCACCUUCAGCCAGAAGAUAUCGGUUAAUUUUCAGCUGCUGCUGCGCUUUAUCCAAGGCCUCUCAUUCCUGCUUGCACUUGCUGGUUUAGCCGUUGCUGUUGUAUUAACAAAUCUGUCUGUCCCGGAUAUAUUUGCUUGCAUCUUAGCAUUUGUACCCACUGGAUGGGGAAUUCUUUCUAUCGCUGCGGCUUGGAAACCUGUGAUGAAGAAGCUUGGAUUGUGGAAAUCCAUACGUUCAAUUGCCCUCUUAUAUGAUGCUGGGAUGGGGAUGCUUAUCUUCAUCCCCAUUGCACUCUUUUCGUGGUUCCCAUUCAUAUCAACAUUCCAAACCCGACUUAUGUUCAACCAAGCGUUUAGUCGAGGGCUGGAGAUCUCUCUAAUCCUUGAUGGUAACAACCCCAAUACUGGUUUAUGA